AUGAGUGAAAUGGUACAGACUGAAAGAGAUUAUGUACGAUCAUUAGAAUAUGUAAUAGACAAUUACAUACCUGAAUUAUUACGUGAAGAUGUCCCACAAGCUUUACGAGGAAAGAGAAAUGUUAUUUUUGGGAACAUUGAGAAAAUUUAUGAAUUCCAUUGCCAAUACUUUUUAAAUGAAGUUGAAUCCUGUGAAUUUACACCAUAUCAAAUAGGCCAGUAUAUCCUAUCACAUGAAAAAGAAUUCUAUUUGUAUGCUAUAUACAAUAAAAAUAAACCCAAGUCAGAUAACUUAAUGGCAGAAUUUGGUAAAACUUUUUUUAGUGAGAAACAAUAUCAACUGGGAGAUAAAAUGAAUCUAGCAUCAUAUUUAUUAAAACCAGUACAGAGAAUGGGAAAAUAUGCUCUGUUAUUAAAACAGAUAAUUAGAGAAUGUAAUGAGAGUGAAUCAGAAUAUCAGGAAUUAAAGGCAGCUGAAGAUAUGGUCAAGUUUCAACUUCGACAUGGUAAUGAUUUAUUAGUCAUGGAUUCUUUAAAAGAAUGUGAUGUGAAUCUAUUAGAACAUGGUAGACUAUUACGUCAAGAUGAGUUUUUAAUAUGGCAGGGUAGAAAGAAAUCAAUCAGACGUAUAUUUUUAUUUGAAGAUUUAAUUGUAUUCAGUAAAACUAAGAGUGGAAGACAAGGUCAUCAUGAUAUUUAUCUUUAUAAAAAUAGUUUUAAGACAUCUGAUCUUGGUUUGACAGAAAAUUAUGACGAAAGUGGUUAUAAAUUUGAAAUUUGGUUCAGAAAAUUAAGUAGUGGAGAUAGAUUUGUUUUCCAAGCUCAAAAUACUGAAAUAAAGCGAGCAUGGGUCAAUGAGAUCUCAAGGUUAUUAUGGAAUCAAGCAAUGAAAAAUAGAGGUAAGUGUCUUACUUCUUUCCUUUUCAAGAUCUGUUUAACUUUCCUGGAGUGUUAUAAAAGAAAUAUAAGUUUUUCUUUCUUCAUAGUUAUUUCAGAUUGCUAA